AUGGCCGAGAUCAGCAUGGCAACUGACUGGGUUGAAAAACAGCAUCCAGGAAUCUGUGGCCCACAGGGCGCAUAUUCACAAUCAUAUGGAUUAAGUAAUGCAGCAUUUGCUGGUGGAACCUUGCUUGGCCCAUUGUAUGCUGGCUUCAUCAAAGAAUGGGCUGGGUGGAUGGUCAUGUCACAAGCACUUGGCGGGCUAGGUCUCAUUAUGAUCAUGUUGGUGAUUGGUUUUACAGGAGAGAGGCACCGAAUUCGCCGGACCGAGAGCAACUCUCCUAGUAGUGCAUAG